UCUACAGAACAAAAGGAGCCGGUGAAAUCUGAGCUCACAUAAUAGUUCUAGACUUCUAGGCAUGGCUGCGACCGGAGGAAGAGGAGUCGCUUCGAUACUCUCUGUUGUCUUGUUAUUAUCGAUCUCGUCGAUUUCUCGUGCUUACCGACCUGGAGACCUCGUUCCGAUGAGCAGAAAGGGUCAAUACCACUCUUCCAGAACUGUUUGGCAUGAUAUGAUCGGUAAGCAUUGCCCGAUGUUUGCAGUGAAUCGAGAGGUAUUGAUACCUAUACCAAAGCCGACGGGUUAUACGGGUGCUGAUCCCUACAAAAUUUCCUUUCAAGUUGGAAGAGAGAAGUUUUUUAUUCCAUGGCUUCUCGUGAUAAAUCGUAAGAGCCCUGAGGUUCCUAUGAUUGAUGUGCAAUUGAGAUAUUCCGGAGGAGAUUUGCACGGUGUGACUGCAAAAGUUAUGGAUAUGCCACACCAAUAUGUUGAAAUUCAUCCAGAUAUUCGAAAACAAUUCUGGGACGCUCAGCAUUGGCCAAAGCAUGUCCUUGUCAGAUACACAUGGAAGGAGCAGUCGGAGAUAGAUUUGACUUCUGGAUUUUACGUUCUGUUUGGAUCAGGGCUCGUGAUGUCUUUUAUCCUCUCAAUCUACAUCUUGCAAUCUUCACGUGACAAAUUAGCCAGGUUUGUGAGGGAGACUGUUGCAGAAAGUAGCAUGCCUGAUGGAGGAGUUGCGAAGGUUGAGUGAUGAUAUCUUAAAUUGGUCUCGAUAUGCUAUUGAAAUACGGAUGAGCUUUUGCUAGGAUAUCAUGUUUGUUCAAAGACUACAGUGUGUCUCUCUAAUACAUUAACGAAGGCAGGGGAAUGAAAUUGAGCGCCGCGGGGACAUUGACAGGAGUUACACAACUCAUGGAAGUGAAAGUAGUUGUAAGUGAUGGUGUGGAACAAAAACAAAUUAGACACUGUAAUUUUUUGUAAACAGUAUUGCUAGGAGUUGUAGGAGUUGAUUGAACCUCAACUGCUCACUCUUCUUGUAAUCCUUAUGAAAGCACCAUAAACAAAAACAAACGUCGACUAUGGUAAACAACAUUACAUAUUUCUCAAA